UGAACCACAGUGGACUGAAAAGGGGGUUAAGAAUAGGGUUGAUUCGUUUUAAAAGGCGAGAAUAAUAGCAUAUUAUGAAAAAAAGUAAUACAGUAAAAUUGGAUAAAGUGGAUCAAAGCUGUGAUCCUUAAAGUACGCAGCUCCACUGGUGGUUUCCAGAAUCUGCUUUUACCGGAAGAACACACAGCAGACGCGUGGCGCGCAGUCCAUGCUUAGUUGGAACCGGUCACAUCUUGGCAAAAAUGGCCCCAAAAACCAUAAAAAUGGCGAUAUUGGCCGCGUUAGAAGAUCUGGAGGAUGCAGACUUGGAGAAGUUCUGUUCCCAGCUGUUGGAUCACAAAGGAAAGCGCGUCCGGACGAGUUGGGUGAUGGGAAAGAGCCGCGUCCACAUUUCAUCGGUCCUGGUUCAAACUUACGCCGAGAAAGGCGCGGUAAAGGUGGUUCUGGAGACUCUGAGAGACGCCGGGUUCGAGCAGAGAGCAAAAAAAUUUGAAAAAGCCACAAGAAAUUUCACCAAAACCAAAAGGAAAACCAAAGCUAGAGGAGCCUCAGGUGCAGCAGCCAGUGGACCUGUCCUGAAAUCAGAUGAACACUUCAUUGAUAAGCACCGAUAUGAACUGAUCGAUCGAGUGAGCAAUAUUGAUGGAAUUCUGGAUGAUCUCCUGCAGGCGGGAGUCAUCAAACAGGAAAUGUAUGACAAAAUCAGAGCCAGAUCGACUACUCAGGACAUGAUGAGGGACCUGUACAGUGGUCCACUGAAAGCUGAUGUAGCCUGCAAAGACAUCUUCUACAACAGCCUCAAGAAAAAUGAGAAAUACCUUAUGAAUGAGAUCAAAAGCAAAAGCAAAGCCAGAGGAGCCUCAGGUGCAGCGUCCAGUGAACCUGACAGGGCAGGAGUUAAACACUUCAUCGAUAAGCACCGACAUGAACUGAUCGAUCGAGUGAGCAAUAUUGAUGGAAUUCUGGAUGAUCUCCUGCAGGCGGGAGUCACUGAACAGGAAAUGUGUGUCAAAAUCAGAGCCAGAUCGACUACUCAAGACAUGAUGAGGGACCUGUACAGUGGUCCGCUGAAAGCUGGUAAAGCCUGCAAAGACAUCUUCUACAACAGCCUCAAGAAAAAUGAGAAAUACCUUAUGAAUGAGAUCAAAAGCAAAAGCAAAGAUGCAGAAGAUGAGAUGGACUCCUCUGAGGCUGAAGUUUACACGGUGAAUGUGGAUGAAGAGGACACAGCUCCUUCUACAGAGUCUGGUCUUCUAAGGCGGGGUUUGGUACAUCCAGGAGGCAUUGGUAAACCAGGACCUUCUGAUCCACAGCCUAUGAUCCGUGAUUGGGAAGUCCCUCAGACAUUCACUGAAAUCCCAAUGCAUCAUCAAGUGGAGACAGAGGAGGACACAUCAGAGUCUUGUCCGUCCACUUCAGACUCAGACCUGAAGGAGUCUGAGGACAGCGUAGAGGACUGUGCGGAACGAGACCCUCACACCAAUCCUGAAGAUCCAGAGAAGCAGCAGCUCGUCUGCGCAGAGGCUCAGGCUGGAACGUCCAACUGGGAGGAGUUCAUACCUAAAGUAUCAGCUGAGUCUGGACUCACUUCAUACAGCAACUUUAAGGAGUUCACACCUGUGACUGUGGGUGAAAUGGAUGAAGCCUACAGGUUCCAGUCCUUGUGUCCAGGUCUGUACCAGUGCAGUGUGACGGGCCUGGUGUUUGGCAUGGAGACAGACGGGGUCGUGGUCUACAGGACUGUCCCCUGGGACCGCAGGAUGCUGGACCAGUAUCACAAGAAGCCUGCAGGACCCCUGUUUGACAUCACAUGUGUGGAUAAGUCAGUGGUUCAGCUUCAUCUCCCACACUGUGAGCUCCGCUCCACAGGUGGAUGGGACUUCCUGUCGGUCGCUCAUGUGGAAGACGACGGGAGCGUCCAGUUUAUCCGUCCUCAGAAGAUAACAGAAACCCAUGUGGUCAUCAGCAUCACAGGGUUCUCUCCUGUGGGUAACGUCAAAGAUAAGGCCUCCCCUCCUGAUCCGGUCCGAGCCUUGGUGUUGCUCUUCUUCAGGCCUUCACCUGAUCCUGAUCUUAAAUCUGUGCUAAAUGUGUUGCUGCUUCCAAAGAAUGUUUCCCUUCCUGAAGUUAAGCGAAGCAGGAGGGAGAUGGUAGGAGAUGAGAUCUACAUAGAGAUGUCCUCUCACUGUAAACUCAAACCAGAGCAGUUUUACACUCUGACCACCAGUCCUGAAGACUCAGGCAAAGUUCAACCAGACGACGCUGAGUUUUGUGAGGAUUCAUACGACAAUUACAUCCCAACGUUUCAGGUGUUUUUGAACACAGGCGUGAAACAUUUGAACCUGGUUUUAAAGGACAAACAAAGCUCCCACAGUGUCUGGGAAAGAGGAGUUUUUCUUUCACCCACUGGAGUAAACGUAUCUUCCAGAUCCAGAUCUGGGAUGGAUGCAGUGAAUGUGAUGCAGAUCCAAGCAGACAAAGCUCAUUUUGUCAUCGACACAGUGAGGAGGAAAGAUGCAAAAGAUGAGAUGGACUCCUCUGAGGAUUCUUCAGUGAGCUUCAUCCGGGACCACAAGAUGGAUCUCAUCACUUGCCUGGGGGCGGAUCGCCUCAUUCUGCAACUCGCCCAACAGAACAAAGUAAUCACAGACACAGAAUACAGAAAGAUCAAGUCCAUCCCCUCAAAGGAUGACGCUGUGACGGAACUGAUCGACGUGGUGAUGCAUAAAGGACCAGAUCGCUGCCGUUCCUUCCUGCAGAUUCUCAAAGAGCCAAAGGUUGUCGAGACAUACCCGCUACUCGAAGAAAUUAUGAAAGACUGGAAAUGAAGCAAGACAUAAUUAAAAAGACUUUUAAGAGUUGUUUUCUUUACAUAGGCAUUAAUUGAUAAAGGAAAUGAACAAUGUGAUGAAUAAAAAUCCCCACAGUGCAGGAACUGAAGAGUUUGAAGCUCAAAGUUUCUCCAAAUGUUUAAAUAAAGGCUGACUCUUUAAU